CGAGUGUUGUGUGUAAUGCGGUAUGUCCCUCCGCCCGUGUGGCAUGGCAGGCAUGCAGACUCACAUGUGUGGCCCGCCACUGUACUCACAACACUCACCACGGCCAGGUCGCCAGCCAAGCCUCGGGCACACAGCUCAAGCCGGCAGGAUCGGCUUCAACAUAGCGGGACGGAUCGCUUAGCAUAGCCGAGGAGUUAGCUGGCAUCGGGCGCUGGUGUUUCGUUCGGUACAGACAUUCUGCAAGGCGAAGUUUGUAGCAAGUUUGUUGCGAAGUUCAGCCGGUGUGUUUAUGAAACUGGCAGCGACUCCGGGACCUUUUUUCUGCUGCAGAGCCGACCUUGAGACGCUGGUAUAAGAAGCAUCCGGGCUACAUCUUGAAGUAGUGGGAAGUGGAGUUAGUGUCUUAGAUUGUGUUUGACUCGGUUGGCAAACUCGGCAUCAGAGGGGGUCUGGAGAGCGGAGCUGAGCUCAAACAUGGCGCGGCUGUGGAGGAGAGAGGAGGGGAUGUUGUGGUGUGUUCUCCUGGCCUGCCUGUGGACCGUGGCGCUGUGUCAGCGGGCCGGGACCACCAGGGACAACCUCAUCCUCACCAACACCGGCAUCAAGGUGCCGUUCGGCCGCUCGGUGUUCCUGGACCCGGCCCGGGACCUGCGGAUCCGGGUGGUUCCCGGGGACAGAUGCAUCGUGACGGUCCUGCAGAACGACCCCCUGUCCCAGCGACCUGGCAGGCUCAUGCCCAACUCCUUCCCCUGCGACUUCGGACAGAAUGAGGUCCAGUACUCGCACUUUGGCGCUCGCAGCCCAAGUCAGGACCACAUCCGUCUACAGCUGCGGUACGACUCCCAAACAGAGACAAUCAUCGUCCCGUUCGUGAUUGAAGUGGAAGUCCAGUUCGUCCAGCUAGAGAUCGUGACCCGAAACAUCCCCCUCAACGUUCCCACCGUCAUGGGCACCAGUGGGCCAAUCGAUCGCGGCGUCAUACAGUUCUCCUACGACAGAGGAAACCAGGUUUGCCGUGUUACCGUAUUGAGCAGUAACGGCGGACGGGGCCUUCCCAGAUAUGGCGUGAUCGAAAAUAAUAUCAACGGAAGUAUGAUUGACUGUGACCAGUUUCUGCAGGCCAACAUCAGGUACAGGCACACAUCGAAAACCAACUCUCCAAAUCGUGACUACAUCCCAAUGGUUGCAGAGCUGACGGAUUCAGAGGGCAACCUGUUGAAGAGAGAGUACUUCCAGGUCAUGGUGAGGGUCAGGGAUGGGGAGGACAACACCGCUCCACAGCCUUCCUUUGCUUCCAUGUUCAUCCUGGAAGUCAACCAGUUUGUCAUGACUGCUAUUACUCCAGACAUCCUAGCAGCAGAGGACUUGGAAACAGAUCCUGAUGAACUCAUCUUUAACAUCACGGGCCCGCUGGGCAUUGGCGAGGGAGAGAUCGUGUCUACAGAUGAUCGGAACCUGCCUCUGAGUUCCUUCUACCAGCGUGACAUAAGAGACUUGAAGAUUGCCUACAAACCUCCGGCCAUUGACAGCAAUCAGCAGAGGAUCUUCCAGGUGGAGUUUGAGGUGGUUGAUGCAGAAGGGUUGACGUCUGACCCCUUCAACUUGAUGAUCGUGGUAAACCCCAUGAACACCCUCGCACCUAUUGUGACAAGGAACACUGGUCAGCUGCUGUAUGAAGGACAGUCCCGACCGCUUCUCAGUUCGUUGAACCUAGAAAUCUCAGACGAAGAUAACCUGCAAGACGUGACAGUCUCUCCCAUCGCAGGAUUGAGGCAUGGGGAACUGUUGAUCCGUGGCCAGCGUAGGAAGUUCUUCACAGUAGCGGAGCUGGAUGCAGGCGUCGUCGUGUACAGCCAUGAUGGCAGUGACACCUACAGUGACAACAUCAUUUUCCGUAUGACUGAUGGUGAAAGUGACGUUGAAUUCCUCUUCCCAAUCUACAUCAUCCCAACUGAUGAUGAACCUCCAAUCCUAAAUGCCAACACUGGACUCACCAUCAACAAGGGACAAACAGUAGAGAUCUCAGCCUGGGUGUUGAGUGCCACUGACAUAGAUUCUGAUGACUCCAGCAUCAAGUUUACACUGGAAACUCCUUAUUCCUCCCAAGGAGAGGUAGUCCUGAGACAGUUUGAAGUUCCUGAAGACCCCGAGAAUUGGAGGUUUCUGGAUGACCUGGGGUUGUACGAGAAAACUGUAACAGAGUGGACCCAGGAAGACCUGUACGAAGGAAGAGUGUAUUACCGUCACAUCGGUGCUCAUAGCACAUCAGUGGUCAUGGACUCCAUCGACUUCCGCGUUUCAGACAACAACGACCCUCCAAAUCUGUCAAGAGUCUAUUCCUUCAUCGUGAAGAUCAUGCCUGUUGAUGACAUUGCCCCAACUCUCUAUGAUGGCGCCACUUUGCAGAUGACAGUUGAUGAGUUUGAGCUAACAGCCUUCAAGAAGAAGUUCCUUCGCUACACCGAUCUUGACUCGGAUGACCGCGACCUAAAAUACACCAUCAUAUUACAGCCCUAUGACAUUGACGAGGAACUUGAUGGUGGGCAGAUUGUGCUGUUUGAGGAGCCAGACGUGGCAGUGACGAUGUUCACCCAAGCUCAAGUCAACCACCACAAAAUCGGGUACAAGCCUCCAGAUGUGGAGCUGGGCCUGACGCCACGAGUCAUCCAGUUUGUCUUCUCAGUGCAGGACACUUCUGGUAACUCUGUAGACGGACAGAGAUUCACCAUCUUCAUCCGUCCGGUUGAUAACAAGCCUCCGGUAGUAACCAACGAGGGGCUGACGGUCUUCGAGAGAGGAACGAUUGUGCUUACUCCAGAUGUUCUUGACGCCACUGACCUUGACACCGACUUGUCACAAAUUUACUUUGAAGUUACAGAGAUGCCCCAGCAUGGCACUCUGCAGUACGACACACUAGACAUGGCUGAAGGUUCCAUCUUUACAUUAGACGACAUCGCGGGAGGGUACGUAGCAUACAUCCACGGAGGAGAUGAGGAAGGAGACGAUUCCUUCAAACUAACCGUGAGUGAUGGUGUCCAUGAGGAAACCUUUGAAGUAUCUCUCCGUGUUCGCCCUAUUGACGAUGAACUUCCUGAACUUGAUCUUCCGCCAGGAUCAUUGGGAACGUUCAUCGAAGUCAUGGAAAACGGCGCCACCACCAUCACUCCAGAAAUCCUGCGUGCAACAGAUCCAGACACCGAUGAACUCAUGCUGACCUUCAUCAUAACGGACAGGCCACCGCAGAAGGGAAUCAUUGUCGUGGAUGGGAUCCCAAGUGACCGUUUCACUCAGCAGAACAUCCUGAAUGGGCAGGUGCAGUAUGUGCACACAGGUGGAGAAAUUGGCACAGAGAAGCAAGAGGACAUGUUCAACCUCACCCUGUCAGACAUGUCGGAUGAGUGGAUCGUUGGAGGCAACAACAUCGAACAGGUCCAAAUGUUCGUGACUAUCCUACCAGUGGAUAGCAUCCCUCCCAACGUGACAGUAGGGGAGCAGUAUGUGGUUGAUGAGGCAGGCAAGGCUACCAUCACCCUGGCCCAUCUCAGCGCAACAGACCCUGACACCGAAGAUGAUGACAUCAUGUGUACCAUCAUUGUUCAACCAAUGGAAGGCUUUGUUGAGAACAUCUCUCCUGCGCCAGGAUCGGAAAAAUCCAGAGCUGGCAAACCUAUCACCACAUUCACCAUUGGAGACAUCAGGAAGAACCACAUCAAGUAUGUCCAAAGUGUUCACAAGAAGGUGGAGCCAGUCGAAGACAGAUUCACCUUAAGGUGCACCGAUGGGUUCAACUUCUCUCCCAACUACUUCUUCCCCAUUGUCAUCGUGCCAAGCAAUGAUGAAGUGCCAGAAGUCUUCAUGAGAGAGUUCAUAGUGAUGGAAGGUAUGAACCUUGCUAUAGAUCUGCCCAUCCUCAGUGCUGUGGACUUGGACAUUCCAGCAGAUGAACUUCACUUCUAUGUCACCAAGCCUCCAGAGCAUGGUGUUAUUGUUCAGCAAAGGCCAACAGGAACCAUCCCCGUCCUGAACUUCACAAUGGAUCAGGUCAAGGAAGGAUCAAACAUCAAGUAUGAGCAUGACGACACAGAAACGAAGGAGGACAGCUUCGACCUCCGUCUGACAGAUGGUGUCCAUGACAUAGAAAAGACCAUUCUUGUCAUGGUGAUCCCAGUGGAUGAUGAAACUCCCCGCUUAAUGAUCAACACCGGUGUGGACAUCGAAAUUGGAGAGACGAAACUCAUCGACAACAACAUUCUGAAAGCUACUGAUUUGGACAGCGAGGACAAAAACCUGACUUUUAUUGUAAGGUUCGGUCCUCAGCAUGGCUUCUUACAGCGAGUCAUCAACGGCUUUGUCGUGUCCAACAUCACAGUAGGGAUGAACUUCACACAGAAGGAGAUCGAUGAGCGACAUAUCCAGUACUCGCAUGUUGGACAGGAGGGUGUUCGUGAUCUGAUCAAGUUUGACGUGACUGAUGGCUUCAACCCCUUGAUUGACAGGUACUUCUAUGUGACAGUGGACAGCAUCGACAUGCUCCACCCUGGUAUCAUCAACAAGGGAGUAACACUGAAGGAAGGAGGACUGGUGAAACUCACCACUGAUCUCCUUAGCACAUCUGACCUGAACAGUGAUGAUGAGAACUUACAAUUCACCAUCACCAACGCUCCUCUCCGAGGCCAUCUCGAGAACACAGACUUCCCCGGUAUCCCCAUCACUACCUUCACACAGCUCGAACUGGCAGGAAACAAGGUGUACUACAUCCACACCAGUGAAGAAGAAGUGAAGAUGGACAGUUUUGAAUUCGAGGUGACGGACGGCUUCAAUCCGGUUUUCCGCACCUUCCGCAUCUCUAUCAGUGAUGUGGACAACAAGAAACCUGUUGUGACUUUCCGAAACAUCCGGGUGAGAGAGGCAGGAAACAAGUACAUCACGCCCUUCGAGCUGAAGAUGGAAGACAGAGACACCCCUGACAACAAGUUGAAGUUCACAAUCACCCAGAUCCCUGUCAACGGCAACCUCCUUUUUAACAACUCUAAAGUCGUCAACACGUUCACCAUGGCGGACCUGAAUGAGAACCUUAUCACGUACCAACACGACGGAAGUGAGACCACCAGCGAUAGCUUCUCCUUCACAGUGACUGAUGGCACGCACAUGGACUACUUUGUUUACCCAGACACCGAACACGAGACGCGUAAACCGGUCACCAUGAAGAUCAAGAUCCUUGCUGUAGACAAUGGCAUCCCACAGAUCGUUGUCAACAAGGGGGCACCGACCAUCGCGGAGUUGGAGACCGGCCAUCUUGGGUUCCGCUUCACUCCGAAGUACCUGAAGGCGGAGGAUCGAGACAGUAAUGACAAGACUCUGCGAUACUUCAUCACAGCGAAGCCAGAGUUUGGCCGCAUCAUCAACGUCAAACAAGGCAACAACAGUAUCAACAACUUCACGCAAGGCCAAAUUGACGAUAUGUUGAUCCACUACGUCAUCCACGACAAUGUCAACGCCACCAGUGACUCCUUUGUCUUCAAGGUCCAAGACAAUGGUGGAAACGCCCUGCCGAACCAGGUGUUCCGACUGAACUGGUGCUGGAUCUCUGUGGAGAAGGACCAGUAUACUGUAGAUGAGAACACCAAGUACCUGGUCAUCAACCUUAACAGGAGGGGCUACCUGGGGGAGACGGCCUUCGUCACCAUUAACACAGAAGAUGGCACAGCUGAGAAGGGUGAGGACUUCACCAGUCGGGCCAACAGGCAGGUCCAGUUCAACCCCGGACAGACGAGCGGCAAGCUCAAGAUCCGCAUCCUGAAGGACGACACGUUCGAGCGGUCAGAAACCUUCACCAUCGUGCUGUCAGAGCCCUUCAUGGGGGUGUUGGAGUAUCCCGACAGAGCCGUGGUGGAAAUCACAGAUGGGUCUGACGAGUCCACAGUGUACAUUCCUGAUGAGCAGUAUGUUGUGGAGGAGGACAUUGGAGAGCUGCUCAUCCCCAUCAAGAGGAAGGGAGACAUCAGUAAGGAGCUGAUGGUGGUCUGCUCUACAAAACCAGACACAGCUACAGGCACCACCCCCAGCACGGUGCUGUCCUACUCUGACUACAUCAGCCGACCCGAGGACCACAACUCUGUAGUCAGGUUUGACCAGGGAGAGGACGAGAAGCUCUGCCGCAUCGUCAUCAUCGAUGAUUCGCUGUACGAGGAGGAGGAAUCCUUCCAGGUUGUUCUAAGCAUGCCCAUGGGUGGUCGGAUCGGGGAGGAGUUUGGUGCUACUGAGGUCGUGAUCGCUCCUGAUGCUGAUGACGAGCCUGUGUUCUACUUCAGUGAGGAGGAGUACCGUGUGGAUGAGAGUGAUGGGUAUGUGGAGGUGCAGGUGUGGAGGACAGGUACCGACCUCACCAAGACUGCCUCCGUUACCGUCCGCUCACGCAAGACCAGCCAGCAGUCUGCUGAAUCUGGUCAGGACUAUGUCGGCAUCAGUAAGAACCUGGACUUCCCCCCUGGAGUGACCAUGCAGACCGUCCGGAUCACCAUCCUGGACGACCUGGGACAGCCGGUGCUGGAGGGGCCGGAGACCUUUGACCUGGUGCUGAGGAUGCCCAUGAACGCUGCGCUCGGAGAGCCCAGCAGGACAACUGUGGUCAUCAAUGACUCUGUGUCGGACUUGCCGAUGAUGUCCUUUGCUAAGCCUGAGUACGAUGCAGAGGAGAGUGAUGGGAAGGUGACGGUGAUGGUGGUGAGGACAGGUGACGUGAGCCACGCCUCCACAGUCAGGUGUUACACCCGGCAGCACACUGCACAGGUCAUGAUGGACUAUGACGAGCGACCAAACACUGAUGCCUCCAUCAUCACGUUCGAGGCUGGUGAGAAGGAGAAGCCGUGUGUGGUUGUCCUGGUGAAUGACACAGACUAUGAGGAGGAGGAGCAGUUCCGCCUGGUCCUGGGCUCCCCAUCCAGCGACUCCGCCCUCGCAGCCUCCAUCGGGGCACAGAACGAAACCCUCAUCAAGGUCCAUGAUGAAGAAGAUAAACCAAUCAUCCGGCUGGGGCAGGUGAAGUUCACAGUGAACGAGCCCAAGUUUGACGAUGAGUUUGCCAUCGUGGAGAUCCCAGUCAUCCGUACAGGAGACACCUCCAAAACCUCCAUCGUUCGAGUACACACCAAGGAUGGGUCUGCCAAGUCUGGCCUGGACUACCUGCCACUGUCUAUGGAGGUGAAGUUUGGGAAGAAUGUGACUAAGAGAAUAGUGGAGGUAGAAGUCCUGUACGACGGCGAGCGUGAAAUGAGAGAGUCGUUCACGGUCCUUCUAAAGAACGACAGGAACAUGGUCGCCGAGACGCGGGACAAGAAAGCCAUCAUCUACAUCGAGGAGAUGAACAGGAUGGCGGACGUGACCUUCCCAUUGCCUCCGCAGGUCGUGUCGCUCAUGGACUAUGACGACAUGGCUGACGCUCGCGACAAACCGCCAGCAGGCUACCCUGUUGUUUGUGUUACUGCCUGCAAUCCCAAGUUUACUGAUUAUGACAAGACCGGAUCUCUCUGCACCACGGAGAACAUCAACGAAACCCUGACGAGGUACCGUUGGCGAGUGUCGGCUCCAAGCGGCCAGGACGGAGUGACCAAUCGGCUGAGAGAUGUGGACUCCACCACAUACUUCACUAGCACACGGGAAAUCACCUUAGACAGCAUCUAUUUUGGACCUAACAGCCGUGUGCAGUGUGUGGCUCGAGCAGUGAACGGUGAUGGAGAUCCAGGUCUGGAGUCCACAAGUGAGCCUGUGACCAUCAGCAGGACAGAGGGUCUGUGUCAGCAGAGAGUGGCUGGAACCAUCGGGGCUGAUCCUUUCACUGCCAAGAUGAGAUACACAGGAGCAGAGGACCCUGACCACCCUAACCUGAUCAAGCUGUCCGUCACCAUGCCCCACAUCGACGGCAUGCUGCCGGUCAUCUCCACUCAGGAGCUAGCCAACUUUGAGAUCACUCUGAGUCAGGACGGCACGCGCAUUGGGCUGCACAAGUGCUCCAACCUGCUGGACUAUGAUGAGGUGGACACAAGAUAUGGUUUCGUCACUGACGAGACGAAGAAUGCGAACAUCGUCGGUGAGACGCAGCCGUACCAGUACAGCUCCGACCUGCGUGGGGAGAGGGCCCUGCGCUUCUACCGUAACCUGGACCUGGAGUCCUGUCUGUGGGAGUUUGUGUCGUACUACGACAUGUCAGAGCUGCUGACAGACUGUGGCGGACAGAUCGGAACCGAUGGACAGGUACUGAAUCUGGUGCAGUCCUACGUGACCCUCCGUGUGCCCCUGUAUGUGUCCUACAUCUUCCACUCCCCGGCGGCGGUGGGCGGCUGGCAGCACUUUGACCUGCAGUCCCAGCUCAGACUCACCUUUGUGUACGACACUGCCAUCUUGUGGCAGGACGGCAUUAGUGCACCUCCAGAGGCGCAGCUACAAGGUUACUUGUACCCAACUGGCAUGCGUAUCCGUGAGGACGGGCGUUUGGUUGUGAACUUCAGGACAGAGGCCAGGUUCAGAGGACAGUUUGUCUUGGAUCAUCAAGGAACACCUUUAACAUCUAUGGUGAUGUCUGGAGAGAACGAUCGUUUGACGUUCACCUUGGAAAAUAUCCGCAGCGAGACGACCUUCAACCAACCCAACCAGGAGUGGGAGUUCACCUCCGACUAUGCUGUAAGAGACUACUCAGGCACAUACCAGAUUAAGCUGCUUCCCUGCACCACCACUACUGACCAGACCUACAGUCUGCCGAUUGUCUGCACACCGCGGGAACCUGUCACCUUCGACAUGGACGUGCGCUUCCAACAGGUGUCGGACCCUGUUGCGACAGAGUUCAGUCUGAACACACAGUUCCACCUGCUGGCUAAACGCUCCCUCUGGCUGUCCGAUGGAUCCAUGGGCUUUGGACAGGGCAGUGACACUGCUUUCGCUGCAGGUGACACCAUGUUUGGUCGCAUCAUGGUGGACCCGGUGCAGAACCUGGGAGACUCCUUCUUCCUGACCAUCGAGAAGGUUUACCUGUGUACAGGGAGGGAGGGGUACGUGCCCAAGUACAGCCCUGAUGAGGGCGAGUACGGAUGUGUGGCCGAGUCACCCAACCUGCUGCACACCAUGAAAGUCUUGGAUAAGGGAGCACCAAACACAGUGGUAGAAGAGUGGAGCAGUGUUCCCUUCAAUGCCAUUCUGGCAAUUGAUGACCCUGGUGCAGCAACACUGGCGAACCAGGCUGGGUCUGAUGGAUUCAGGCUAGACGCUACUCCACUGUUCCAGGUGUCCAGUGGAAGGACGUGGUUCAUCCAUGCCAUCUACACCGUCCGUUCUGAGGAGAACCGCAACAGAGGGUUGAGGAAACGCAGCAUCACCAUGCACAGCAUCGCAGCGGCCAAUGAGGAGUUCUCGAAUGCCCUGCCACGCGUUCGCCGUUCUGGCACUGCGCCGCCAGAAGAGGUGGAGCAAAUCGGUAAGGACGGGAUGGGCACCAACCUGCACCGCGUGGUCCUCAACUUCACCGCAACAGGACGGUACAACGAACCCGACGACCAGGUCGACAUCGGACCCGGAGACGGAAACUACGACAAGGCGCCCAACGAAAAAGAAAACAUGAUUCCAUACAUUCCAAUAGCAGCUGUCAUAUGCGCUGUAGCUCUGCUUGCUUGUUGUAUAUUUGCAGUGUGUGCAUUCCGCAGGAGGAAAAAGCGCACAGAAACCAAGACAAUCACAACGGUUUAUAACACGCCUAGCCAAAACACAGAUGCCUCUGAGGUGUGAUAACAAUGCAGACAAACAUAUAGGAACGUUUCAUAGUAGUUGCAGCUAAUUUUAGAUUGCGUAGCAUUCUCUGCUGUAUCUUUUUGUAAAGGACAACAAUUUUUAAACCGCUUUUAUUGUACAAUACUAGACCAGUGGGUAAUAUCAUGCUUAGAUUUUUUUGUUUGAAUGUUUUAUACCAGUUCUUUUGUUGACAUUAUGCAAGCAAAUAAUACCUUCAGCCAAACUAAACAUAUCUAGAAGUACAAAUCAUGCAAUUAACUAACAGUGCCACUUGCUGGCACGGUAACAACAUGGUUUGUUGUCAGUUGCUGGUAUCUUCAUCUGGUCCUAAAUCUUUAUGUUUUUUGCUUUGUUUAGUUACCAAAAGCUAAACCGAAAUUUUUCAGAACACAAGUAAUGAAGCACAACCAGCUUUCAUACAUCUUGGUUAAAUGCACAGGCAGGUGACUGAAGUCAUAUGCAUGCAUGUACUUGGAGAAAAAAUGUAAAUUUUAAAGAAAAUCUAAGACGUCUAUAUCUCUAACCGUACAGGCAAGAUAGUGGCUACCUGAAGUUGAUACAUAAAUGUAACAACAUAUGUAACAAGAUUGCACAUACGUAACAUCAUUCUCAGGUAGCUGGCCACUUGCAACAUUCUUCUUUUAACUUGUCAAUGCUGUGGACAAUCUAAGCUUGCAAUAUUGUCAACUGAAAUUGAAAUCAUGACUAAAAGAUUCUGCAUCGCAGUGCGAUUUAUGAUUAUUGUGAUUUUAGCAUAAUGUUGUCAUUAUUAACUUGUGCUUUUUUAUGCUCAAGCCAAACUUUUUAUAUCUUAUACUGCUUAUUGAAUUCGUGUAGUAUUUGCUUGAAAUGUAGACUUCAAUAAUGGAAUAUUUGCACACUCUGUGCAUCUGUACUAUAAAAUCAAUGCUGCUGUAAUAUUACCACAGUAAUAAAAAUGUAGAGCUAGAAACAUCACUGUGAAUAGGACGAUAUGCAACUUUGUGGGAGCAGGAUUUAGUGUUUAUUAAGCAGCAAAAUCAUCUCAUCUUACUUAUGAUGUAUCACAUUUAGGUAGCAAAUCUGCACAGAGUGUUUUAUUUUGAACUCAAAGUCUAGAUCUAGUUUUGUAGUUUUGUUUGUUUAUGUGUCGUUUAUUUUGUAUGAUAAAUGUUUCAGCAGAUAUGAUUGAGAUUCUACUAUGUGGAUCUCGCUAUAGAUACUAGCUGCCUUUGAGGCGCAGGAAUGUUUGAAUCCUUUUGUAAUCAACAAACCUAUGGUGCUAUAGUCAUAUAAUGUACACUGACAUUGGAAGGGUAGUUGAUACUACCUGCUCAGACAUUUUCCCCUUUGUGGAUUAGCAUUGUGGACCACGAAAUUUCUCUGAAGAUCUUCUCUUACAAGUCAUAAGGUUAUGAUUUUUAAUAAGAAAAUGCUAUUAUCUCAUCCCAUGCUGACAGAAAAGUUAGCAAGUUUGGGGUACCUGUAACAGGAACCAUUAUGCCAGUGUGAAAGUCAGGGGAAAUCACUGUCUAACUUGAAGAUUCUAGGAACCCAACUUUGGAGAGAUGUCUGAAAUUCUAAUCUCCAAGCAGAUCCUACGGCAGCAUAAGAUACUAGUAGUAUCAAAAGCUGGCAGAGGAGUGAAGCCGGCCUAGGAGUGUGUUUGGCUACAUGGCAAAUGGACACCUCUUGGCUGACUACACUCCUUGGCCAGUUUGGUACUAUUUUAUGCCAUUGUAGGAUCUGCUUGGAGAUUAUGAAAUUCCUUGUUUUUAUUUUGGACAAACAGCUUCAAUCAAACAAGUCAGAGCCAACGAGGGGUGCAGUUGUCAGCCACAAGAUCAAGGUUUACUGCAACCAUUUUACAAAUCAGAUUUCCCAAUAUUCCAUCCUAUAGUCUGUACUUCACUCUUCUGGACAGAAUAAACAUUGUACUGGAGUUGA